CAAGGAAGAUUUUCGUAAUGUGAUUGUAAUGCACGGAACGUCCGGAGAGUUACGUGAAUAAAAAGUGUUUCGCAGCUAAGAACAAACAGGAUUCUUCACCAGGUGAUUCAGAAGUGCUGUGUAUCACCACAUAGAAACGGUUUCAUCAAACCCAUAGGUGUGAUAUUGACGUGGACAAAUCGUGGGAUUUCUACUGAUAACGCAGCCGGUGAUGGGCGAUUCGCGCGGCGUUGAUGCUUGUGAUGAUGAUGGUUAACACGUUUCUCGUAGGCGUCCGGUAUACCUACUAGGUGGACUUCUUCCGCAAACGCAUCGGUUUGCAGGCAAGCAGACAGGCAGGUGAAAUAUUCAGUGAACAUGGUGGAAGUGUGUCAGGGCUGCUGCUGCUGCUGCUAUCACCGAGAAGAGGAUAACGAAACUAGACCACUGCUGAAUCGAAAGUGAUUGGAGGUGAAUUUGAAGUGAUUUUUUUUUGUUUUGUUUCAUUUGGAUUAAAAGUGACGAAUAAGAGCCGAAGAAGAGGCAACUAGAAGCCGUUAAGACGUUUUUAGAGGAUAUCAACGAUGGAAGUGUGCUGCUUGAAAAUGGCAUCCAGAUGCAGACCUACCAGAACCAUCAAGGACAUCACGCAGUUGGCGACGGCUGGCUCCUCGCACGACUGCGGCUCACUGUCCCGGGUCGUGAUGGUGCGGAAAACCGAUCAACGCGUCAUCAAUCACAAGGGCAGCCAGAAGGACCCACUAUGCGAGGUUAUCACGAUGGAAACCAUCCAGACGUACAAGGGCCACAAACCCGAUCGCACGGUGGUCUUCAAGGAGAAGUUCGACCUCACCGGCAACGAUAUGACUAAAUCGCUCUCCACCAGCAAGUUGAUGGGAUCUCCUCGGCUCUCGAUAAGCCCGCUUAGGACGGUUCUCACUACCACGACCGAGCUGGAACAGCAGACUGCCUCGGCAACUUCCUCGGCAAAGAGCGAUCGGAACAACAACUGCACCACGACCACCACGGUCACAAGCCAUUCGAUACUGAAGGAACAGCAGCGGCACAAAUCGCUGGAUCGGAGCAAUAACAAUCGCACGGAGUUCGCAUCGUCCACACCAAAGCCGACCAGGUGCUCCAAGAGUCCCUCAAUCGGUAACCUGCGGCACAAGUCUCCGUCCCUGUCGGCUUCCCAAAGCUCCCUGCGGAGGUCGCUGUUCAACGACUUCGAGCUGGAGUGUCUGAAGGCCCACAAUGAGUACCGAACCAAGCACGGAGUACUGCCGCUGAAGUUGAACAAGCGCCUCUGCCGGUACGCCGAAGAAUGGGCCAAGGUCAUAGCGGCACGGGGGGUCCUGGUUCACCGAAGCAAUUCACAGUAUGGGGAGAACAUUUUCUGCUCGUGGAGCUCGCCUAACGCUACGGUAGUGAUCACCGGGCGGGAACCGGUUGAGAACUGGUACAGCGAGGAGUCGACGCACGUCUACGGGAAGGAGCCGUCCACGCUGAAGACUGGCCACUUCACGCAGGUCGUCUGGAAGGACAGUCGAGAGCUGGGCAUUGGAGUGGCGCGAAAUCGAUCCGGCCAGGUGUUCGUGGUGGCCAACUAUGACCCCCCGGGAAACUACAUCGGUAGCUUUGCGAAGAAUGUGCCACCACCGGGAGGCUUCGAGAUACCAAAGAUAAUCGUGGAUAAACCGACGGCGGCCGGUGCUGAGAAUGGCAAGACCACGGCCACCAAGGUGGAGAAACAUGUCCGGAUAGUGGACGAAAACGAUCCGGAUCAGUUCGAUGAGUUUUCGCAGGCAAUGCUCCGACAUCACAAUGAACAUCGUCGCCGGCAUGGCGCUCCCGAUCUAGUUUUGCACAAGGAACUGGUCCGGGAUGCGCAACAGUGGGCGGAAAUUCUGGCGCGGGACGAUCGGUUCACCUACCGGCAGAAUUCCAAGUACGGCGAGAAUCUGUAUUGUCUGUGGUCGUCGGAUAGACACGCCAAGCCGAGCGCCAAAGACGUCUGCCGGUCUUGGUACGAGGAGGUAAAACAGUACGCCUUCAACCAGGAACCUCGGGGAGUGAUCAAGGGUGGUCAGUUCACCCAGAUGGUCUGGAAGGGCACCAAAGAGCUCGGCGUGGGCGUUGGACAAACGCGGAGCGGAAAAGUCAUAGUGGUUUGCACGUAUUAUCCGAGGGGUAACGUUUUGGGACAGUUCAUGGCGAACGUUCAAAAACGGUGCAUUUAGAGUGCAUAUUUACAGAAUAACUUUCCCAUUUUGAACAUACGCUUAGUUAGAUACACUGCAACGCAGCAUUCAGGUCUCGAUUGAAGCCUUCG